AUGCCUCUUCCAUUCUCCAACCAACCGCCGCCAGAGCGCGUCCCCUACGCUGUCCCUCAGCUCGAGGGCGAGCGCAUCACCAUCCCGGGCAGCAAAGGCGUCUUUCGCAUCCUGACUUCGGCAAAGCAGACCGGAGGGUUGAUGGCUGUCUUCACAAGCGGCGCGGUGCUGUCUGAUGCCCCGGGCUUCCACUACCACAAUCAUGCCCACGAUGUCUUCCUGGUCACCAAGGGCUACCUCAAGCUAUACAAUGGUGAUCAGUGCCGGAUCAUGGCUCCUGGUGACUUUGCUUAUAUUCCUCCCAAAGUCGUUCACAACCCCGAAAUGAUUGGCCCGCACACGGAAACACAGGGCCUGAUCACACCCGGCGACUGGGUCGACUUCUUCCGCUACGUUUCCGAACCCUACGAGGGAAUUCUCGUCCCCGAGAACGAUAAUCGCGACCUGAAGUCCAUUCUGAUCCCAAAGGUCAUGGCCGCGAAAGAGAAGUUUGAUGUCGUGUUUCAGCCCCACUACGUUCCCCCCGAAGUGGGCGAGUGGUCAACUGCCGAUGAGAAGCUGCCCGAGGGCCACGAGGGUUACUUCCUGCGCGCCAACACCGGCCCCCGCUGGAUGCUGGGAGGCGUGAUGUCUCGCCCGUUCGUCACCACGAAGCAGAGCGAUGGCGUCUGUGCCAUCUCCAGCAUUGAAUCCUCGAAGGAAUACGGUGAAACAGUGUUCUCGAAGUAUAUGACCUUUGAAUCAGUGGAUCACUGCCUCGUCGUCAUGGAGGGCACUCUCAAGGUGAGCCUACAAGGAUCGGGUGAUUCUCUCUUCCGGGAGGGCGAGACGGUGGUAAUUCCGGCGGGCCACGCAUUUGCCCUGGGCUUCGAGAGUAAAUAUGUCAAGUUCCACUCAUUCGCCGAUGGUGAUGGCAUCGAGGCUUUGAUUCACAAGGCAGGAAAGCAAGUGGACGAUGUUGUUCUGCCGGAACAGGCCCCGGAGCACGAUGCUUCUCAAUUUGCCACGGCCGCAGAGAGCCUGAAGGUCUCCUUCUAA